UCGCAGCCAUGAAGACCUUCUUCGUCCUCGCUUCCCUCGCCGCCUGCGCCCUGGCUCAGCGGCUGCACAUCCAGGCGCCCACCGCGGGCCAGACAGUCUCCGGCAACGGCACCCUCGUAGUCGAACUCGAGCAAGACCCGUCUCUCGGCCCACUCGUGCAGACCUCGGUGCUCAUCGCCAUGAACAGCUGCUACGACGUCUGUGGCCAGCCCGACCAGUGGGGCCCUGCGACGGUGCUCUACAACGGGCCGUUCAACCCGCAGUGGAACACGUCUGUGCCGGAGAAAGGGCACUACCAGGACUUCACCUUCCAGCUUCCGGGCUACCAGCCCGGCGGGGCGAUCGUCCAGGUUGCACAUCAGUUCCAGGAGGGCGGGGUGAGUACCUCAAAAAAACAGACAUGA